UAAAUAGUAGCUUUUAGCGCCCCGAAGGUUCGUCAUUUCGAAAAUGAAGUCUGUUGGCUCAUCUGUGUUUCCAUUUGUCUUCGCUCUUCUUUUCUCAUUUUUCUGGGCAACUUCGGCUCACACUCAGGAAAACUUUGUUCAGUGCCUGAUCACCCUUCGUUCUGAAAACUCCACCUCAAUUUCUAAACUCAUUUACACCCCAGCCAACUCCUCAUAUUCCUCUGUCUUGCAAUUCUCCAUACAAAACCCCAGAUUCUCAACACCUGCCACCCCAAAACCUCUAGUCAUUCUUACACCAUUGCAUGUCUCCCACAUCCAAGCAGCCAUUCAUUGUUCCCUGAAAUACGGCAUGGAAAUAAGAGUUCGAAGCGGCGGUCACGAUUAUGAGGGUCUUUCCUAUGUUUCAGAUGUGCCGUUUGUCAUAGUUGAUCUAAUUAAUCUUCGAUCAAUCAGUGUUGAUGCGGAGAAUAGGAAGGCGUGGGUUCAAGCUGGUGCUACUAUCGGUGAAGUCUAUUAUAGGAUUGCCGAGAAAAGUAGAACUCUUGGCUUUCCGGCAGGAAUUUACACGACUCUGGGCGUUGGUGGACACUUCAGCGGGGGAGGGUACGGCACAUUGUUGCGCAAAUAUGGCCUUGCUGCUGAUAAUAUUAUCGACGCACAAUUGAUUGAUGGUAAUGGUAGAAUCCUUGACAGGGAAUCUAUGGGAGAGGAUCUGUUUUGGGCCAUUCGAGGAGGAGGAGGGGCUAGCUUUGGAAUCAUUCUUGCAUGGAAAAUCAGGUUGUUUCAUGUUCCAUCAACUGUGACCGUCUUCACGGUUAAUCGGAACUUGGAACAAAAUGCGACCAAGCUUGUUCACCGGUGGCAAUAUGUUGCAGCCAAGCUUCACGAAGACUUAUUCAUUCGCGUCAUCUUAACAGGUGUCAAUUCCAGCCAGGAAGGGAAGAGGACCAUCCAAGCUUCAUUCAAUUCCUUAUAUCUUGGAGGGAUAGAUAAGCUCCUUCCAUUGAUGCAAGAGAGCUUCCCUGAGCUGGGUUUGAUGAGAGAAGAUUGUAUUGAAAUGAGUUGGAUUGAAUCUACCCUCUACUUUUUUGGAUUCCCAAUUGGCGAAUCCUUGGAUGUUUUGCUAAACAGGACUCCUCCCAGAAGAUCCCCUUUUAAAGCAAAAUCUGACUAUGUAGAGGAACCUAUUCCCCAAGUUGGGUUGGAAGGGAUCUGGAAAAGGUUUUACGAUAAAGAAGCAGAGUCAGCUGUAAUGUUCCUGACUCCUUAUGGUGGCAGAAUGAGUGAAAUCUCCCAAUCUGCAAUUCCUUUCCCACAUAGAGCUGGUAAUAUCUACAAAAUCCAACAUUGCGUGUAUUGGAAAGAAGAAGGAACUGGGGCAUUCGAAAGGCAUAUAAGCUGGAUCAGAAGGCUUUACGAUUACAUGGCUCCCUAUGUUUCGAAAUCUCCAAGAGCUGCAUAUGUCAAUUAUAGGGACCUUGACAUUGGAAGAAAUAAUAACAAAGGCAACACGAGCUAUAGACGGGCGAGCAUAUGGGGUGCUAAAUAUUUCAAGAGCAACUUCGAGAGGUUAGUGCAUGUGAAGACUAUGGUUGAUCCUGCUAAUUUCUUUAAAAAUGAACAAAGUAUCCCGCCUUUUUCAUCCAGGUGGAAGAAGAGAGGCGAUUAGAAGAGGUAUAUUGAAUAAUAGACUUAAUUUUAAUAACAUUUAUUUGAAUUUUUUUCUUCUAUUCUCCUAUAUAUGUGAAGAAGUUAUUUUACGUAGGAGUCGAAGGUGCGGUGUCUUUUUAGUUUUCAGAACUUAUUUUACAUAGGAGUUAUAUAUAUGGGAGUUCUAUGAAAUGUAA